CACCAGGAUUGGCUGUGUGUAAUGGGAGUCAGAAUCUCAGCGAGGGGGAGAGAGAGUGAGCGGGGGGAUAGUUAAAGCAGAGGGAGGGAGAGGACCUGAAUGGGUGAAUGGAGGAGGCAAGGGGAAGGAGCAGAGGUGUAGGCGGAUGGAGAAGCAGCAUUCCUGACUGAGCAGUUACGGAACGGGGACGAGAAGGAGGUGAUCUGAAAUCCAGAUGCCUAAAGGACCAACACAAGGGUCAGACUAACAUACUCCCACACACACAGAUCGAAAGCGCUCCAUCCACCCUCCUGCUCCCCCUUUCACAGACGUUGCGACCUCGGUGGCUUUACAACUCAGAAAACAUCCACGAGACAAUAACAUCAACUGGAUACUGUUUUUUUUAAUGCCUUGUAAAUCCUAGUAAAACUCUGAAGACUUUCCAGCCUGCAGGGAUAACUGAAAACUUGUUUUGAAGGUAUUUUUUGAACUUUUAUUCUUUCCCUUUUCUGGAGGAAUUUUAUGGUGUAUUGAUGGCGUAAGCGGUCAAACAGCUGUCCGGUCAUGGCGCUGUGGUGGUGCGCCAACUCCUUCUGCAGGUUGGCUGCAACGUGUUUUCCCCUGCUCCUCUCAUCACUGCUAUGGCAAACGAUCUGCCCUCUACGUGCCAUCCUGCCCUGCCCACGUAGUUGCAGCUGUCCGGGUGUUAAAGAGGUCCACUGUACCUUCAGACAUCUCACCACCGUACCGAAAACCUUUCCUAAAGACACGGAGAGGCUCAACCUCGGUUAUAACAGCUUGACGGAGGUGGAGGGAUCCGAAUUCAAGUCUCUCCGGCAACUGGAAAUGCUCAUGUUGCAUGGCAACGACAUUAGCACAGUCCAUCCUGGGGCGUUUUACAGCCUGAGAUCACUACAGAUCUUGAAGUUGAGUUACAACAAGCUGAAAUCAGUAAACCCGGGUCUCUUUGAAGGCCUUAUUGGUUUGAUCCGCCUUCAUCUGGACCACAACCUCAUUGACUUUAUAGAGCCGUACUCCUUCUCUGGCCUAAGCUCCUUAAAACUCCUGCAGCUGGAGGGUAACCUUCUCAAAGAGAUCCACCCACAUACCUUCAUAACAGUGUCACUUCUCGGAAGCUUUUGGACAUCAGGACUCAAACAUUUACACCUGUCAGACAAUCUGUUAGAGCAGCUUCCUGCCGCAAUGCUGAAGACAGCUCCCCGGCUUGAGCUCCUAUCUCUACACGGUAAUCCCUGGACCUGUGACUGUCAGCUCCACUGGUUGAUAGAAUGGAGCUCCACCCAUGAAGGUGUUAUAAAAUGCAAGAAGGAACGUGGCUCAAGUGACACUUGCCCCCAGUGUUCCUCUCCUCAACCCCUGAAUGAGACCCUUUUGCUAGGACUGACUCCAGGUCAGCUUACCUGUGAGCGGCCAGUUCUUCGCUCGGCCCUCAAACAAUGGGACAAUCCUGUGUGGGCGGCAUCUGAAUCGGAGCCUGACCUUCCAUACACACGUGACUUUGAGAAGCCUUUGGGCCAUUUGACCAUCGUUCUCUCUGACAGCCAUGGAAACAAUGCUCAUGUGGCGUGUGAUGUGCGACAUCCUGGAGACAGUUCACCCAUCACUUGGACAGUAAAUCCGCAGUCACCUGGCGAGUUGUCCGUCAAUGUAUCUCUAGUGACUGUCCUUGAGUGUGAAAUUGAUCGGGAGACAUUGCAAAAUCUAUGGCAACUGGUUGCAUAUUACUAUGAAACCCCUGCUAUUUUGGAGAGAGGUGGGCUAAAGGGAAAUGCAAGCAGAGUAACCUAUCAAUAUGUCCAAGCCGUGAAUGACAAUUCCCCAUAUUUCACAGAUUUAAAAGGGUACUUGUUAGCAGAACCCUCAUGGCUGCUUCAACCCAGAGUCACUUUGAGGCUCAACAGACAGCAGACAACAACCAAGAAACUGGUGAUGGAUUUCACUACUGUAAUUACUAAGCACAUCAACAGCGAUAGAGGAUCGGAAGAUGCCCUUGAGAUGUCCUGGGCUCUAAUUCGCAGAGGGACAGCAGGAAGGGUUCAGACUGCGCUCGAAGGAUCAAAGGUCCAUUUAGAGUGCAUUGUUGUCACUUCAGAUCCAGAGUUGAGGGUGGAGUGGAUGCUUACAGAUUUGUCCAUUGUCAAAGACGCAACUGACAAAAUUGAAAUUUCUGAAAGAGGAGAACUUGUGAUUUUGAAUGCUACAUUGUCAGACUCAGGCCUUUACCAUUGUAUGGUGCGGACCAAGGCCGGUGUGGACUUAAUACCUCUGCGGCUCACCAUCAAAGAACUGUCACUCACCCCAACAGCUUUAAAUGGUCAGAAAAUUGUAGUUGAAAAGGGACAAUCUUUUUUUAUCCCAUGUGAGGUGACCUCCGUUAAGCCAAGUCAAACUAUGUGGUACCUGCCCAAAAACAAAAUUCUUCUUCCAACGCAACAGACAAGACGGACAGAAGUGAUGGAAAAUGGGACUUUGGUGGUAAGGAGAUUGACACAGGAAGAUGCAGGGGAAUACACCUGCCUGGCCUCAAAUCUAUAUGGAGUUGACAUGAUAUCACACCUGGUUGAAGUUACAGAAAGAGAAAACUCCCCUGAUAGAGCAAAAGUACAGACUUCAAAAAAACAGAUUUUGCCAUUUGCUUCAGAGGAAGGAGAGGGUUCGGGGGGAGAUUAUCAGGAAAUUAUACGUUCUUUUGCUACACAGAUCCCUAAGGCAGGAACUCCACAAAGGAAUCAUAACAGGGUUUCUAAGACGUCAAGGAUUAAAGAUUCAAAGAGAAAACCCAAUAAAUCUGUGAAAGAAUUAGAUCCAAAUCGGUGGGCAGACAUUUUGGCUAAAGCUAAUGCUAGACCAAGUGUUACUUUGCCCCCAGAGCAGUCCCUUCCAGAGCCCAGCACAGAAACUAUCCAAACAAGUACUUCCAAACCGAUAACAACAACCGCUACAGCAAUUUCCAUGGAUGCUAACAACUUACCCCCUACUGCCACCCCUACUGAUACCAGGGAGGAACCAAAUAGUUUUCCCACCAACACAAAAUCUAAGACUGAAGCUUAUUCUACAGAGAAUAAAAUGGGUGACUCAGAGCGAUCUGAAAGUCUGCCAGAGGUUCUGCCUCAACUUCUGCCUCCCAGAAGUACAGAACCAAGCCCCCACCGUGUUGGUGGGAUGGCAGACACUGUAAAAGCAGUCACAGACCCUCUUGCUGUUGGAAAUCGUCUGACAGUAGAUCAGUCAGCAAGUAAGCCGUCUAUAGAGGGUAAAAGGGAGGACAUACUUGUUCCAGGUCAGACAAACAGAAGAAGGCCUCCUUACAGGCGUAGAAAACCCAAAAUGAAAACAUUCCGUCCACACGGACAUCCCUUAUAUCAUUCAUCAAACAAUCACCAAACAACCGUUCAACCAACAACCAUCACCCCAACAACACCAACCACUACUACUACUACAACUACUACAUCUACAACAACAACACCAACAACAACAGCAAUACUUGUUCCAACCACAAUGAAGAACCAAGACAUCUUAUCUGCUGAGUAUGUGAAAGAGGAAGAUAAAGGUGAAUACUAUGAAGAAUAUGAUAUCAAGGAUAGUGAUGGAGAUUUGAAGAGUGAAACCCCUCAUGCCACAGAUAUUGAGAGCAAGACUGCCACAUCACCAGCUAGAAAAAAAGAUCUCGGUAGCUCUCCGCUUAAUCCAAAAACAAUUGUCAGGUCAAAGCUUGAUAGGCCUCCACAUCCAAAUGAAAGACCUGUUGAAGAGAGGGAGACAGACACAAUGAAGCUUACGGAAUCUGAGAGCAUGAAGACUAUAAUUGAAACUGAUAAAAAGGGCAGGGACAAUGAAAAUCUUGGAGAGAGUGGAAUGGAGGUAAUACGAGCAAUGGAAAGGGAAGAAAACAUCAACAUCAACACCAAAGGCAGAUUGAAAGGCAUAGAAAAAUAUGAUAAGGAUCAGGUUACAGAGGAUCACAUCCAGUUAACCACAACAAUUAGACCAAAAUCUAACACACAACCUUCACCAGAAGAAAAUAUACCCAUCCAUGCAAGAACUACAUCCACUUCAAAUUCAGCAAGAAGUAGAGAAAAAGAACUCAAACAGAGAGAGGAUAAAGAUGCCAACAAGCCAAAAGUGAAGACUGAGAUCCACAGUUUCCAAGUCGUGGAGCCAGUUCACCCCUGGCUCCAUCAGCUCAAACAGGGAGUUGGACAAACCCCUGCUUCCAGGACAAACCAAGACAGAAACACAGCAAAGCAAGGCAAAGUGAACCCGGGUGGACAUUCCCAGCCUCCCAGAGUCCCCCCCACCUCCCGCUGGCCUUUACACCAUCCUUACUACCCACUCUACCCUGGCCAAAGUUCAAUUCCUCAUACAAGGCAUGGUCCUGGCACCCACCCUGCACCUACGCACCAACCCUGGGCUGUCCCCCAUCCCUGGGCUCAAAACCUGGUUGUCACAAACCGACCAGAAGUUGUCGCAGAAACUGUGAAGCCCGCACCUACGCUCUCUGGAAAAACACUCUCCAAUCACCAUCCGUCACAGCACCAACAUCAAAAUCACCAUGUUGAUGGCAGGACCCAAACCAGAGACCAACUUUUUCUAUCAAGGUUGAGGAACAGAUACAGACAGGCUCAGCUCGAACGCAUCGCUCAGCUAGGGAGGAUUGUGACACCUAAACCUCGCAUUGGCUACCACAAUCCUCCAUCUCCACAUCAACCCUAUAUCCGGAAGCAAUCAGCACCCACUUCUUCUUACACCCACAAGCCGCAAUCUUUGAGGCCUGCUAAACCUUCAUCAUUAUCAUUUUCUGGGCUAAUUUCAACCCCUCGUCCUACCCAGCCCACCUCUGGGGUGCUUUAUGGCGGUCGGUGGCCUGUUGGAGCUGGACAAAUUAGCUCUCGGUGGCCCACAGCUGUGCCUCCUUUCCCAUGGGUGUUGGGAGCUGGAAGUGGUGGGCUCAAGCCCCGUAUUACCACUGUGACCACCGCUAGCGUGUCAGUACUGGCGGAGAGUGAUGUGUUCCUGCACUGCAAAGCAACAGGGAAUUCAGAACCCAGCAUUGCAUGGACCAAAGUCUCCACAGGUGCCACCAUACCUGCCAACAGCAAGCAUGGCCCCCGUUUUGAAGUCUUAAAGAAUGGAACUUUUGUUAUUAGAAGCAUCCAGCUCCAGGAUAGAGGCCAGUACCUCUGCACGGCCCAGAACAGCUUUGGAUCAGAUCGCAUGGUCAUCACCUUAGCUGUGCAGACUGAGGCUCCAAAGAUCCAUCCGCUUAAGUCCACAGAGAUAGCCGUCUACUUGGGGAAAAGUAUGACUCUAGACUGCCUUGCUUCGGGUAAACCACCUGCCCAAAUUUCCUGGAUUCUUCCAGACAGGACGUUUGUGCGGGAAGUCGGGAUUGUUCACACUCCCCUUUCUCAAAUGUCUCUGCUUCAAAAUGGAACAUUGCAAAUUCACUCUCUCAAUUUCUCCAGCAAAGGGGACUAUAAAUGUAUCGCAAGCAAUGCAGCAGGUGCUGAUACCGUCACUUAUCAUCUCCACGUGGCCGCUCUGCCGCCAAGCAUCAGUGAACCAGCAAUGGAUACCAUGAUCAUUCAGCCAGGCAGGAGUGUGUAUGUUCACUGCUCUGUGAAGGGCGAACCGGUGCCUGCUCUGAAAUGGACGCUCCCGGGGGGUGGCCAUGUAAAACCGUCACAGUUUCUUGGUCGCAGGCUGUUUGUCUUCCCCAAUGGGACGCUGUAUGUAAACAAUAUUAUACCAGCUGAUACAGGGAGGUAUGAGUGUUUGGCCACUAAUGCUGUAGGCAUGGCCAAAAGAUCUGUCCAGCUGGAGCUGAGCGCAGAUACCCCCUCUUUCUCCCGCCAGCCUCCAUUUCCUCUUUCCAUCCCUUCAACUCAACGCCAUGGGGUGCCAUCGCAACAGCACUCUGUCUCAGCUAUGUACGGUUCUGCUGUGUACCUCCACUGUCCUGAGUCUACUGGAUCCACAAUAGGGACCAUCUGGCAGCUUCCCUCCAAGACCAUCAUGGAUCAUCGAUACAGUCCGGAGAGACCAAUUAAAGUGUUCCGGAAUGGGACUCUGAGGAUACUUCAGCUAACUGAGCUAGAUGGUGGAAAUUAUCUGUGUGUCUUUCAGAGACCCAAUGGGGAGGACAUGGAGCUCUUCCAAGUGGAUGUGUUAAUGACCCCUCCUAGAAUUGAACAAGUGAGGACUGCACAAACCAAGGUCACCUUUGGAGAAAAUUUCCAGGUGGACUGUGUUGCAACAGGCCUUCCUGACCCAGAAGUUUCUUGGAGUCUCCCAGAUGGAACUUUAAUCAACAAUGCCCUCCAAUCAGAUGACAGUGGCCUUCGCAACCGCCGUUAUGUUAUUUUUGGCAACGGGACUUUACUUCUACAGCAAAUGGGCAAAAGAGACGAGGGGGACUACACUUGUUUUGCCAAAAACAAACUUGGCAAGGAUGAAAAAAAAGUGAGUGUCAAAGUGGGGCCGAACGCUCCAAAAAUUAACCCAAAAUCACCAGCACUGGUUACGGUUAAGUUAGGAGAAUCAGCUCAGUUGAGUUGUCAAGCAACAGGUGACCCUGUACCAAAGAUCAUCUGGAUCUCACCCAGGAAUGAUGUGAUAUCUUUCUCAUCAGAAAAAUUUCAGGUAAUGGAUGAUGGGAUGUUAGUGGUGAAAAAGGUCAUACUGGCCGACGAAGGAAAAUAUGCAUGUGUGGCACAGAAUUCUGCUGGUGAUGAUGUCAAAAACAUGAAACUAGAAGCUGAACUCCAGGAACCUUUUAUUAAUGGCUUGAAAGGGAGGAGUACCACAAAGGCUUUAGCUGUUUCUUAUCAGACAACGCUUCUGCAUUGCACAGUGGAAGGGAAACCCAAACCAAGAGUCUCAUGGGUCACUCCUUAUGGACAUUCGCUCCCAUCACUUUACCAGGGUGGUCGCUUCGAAGUCCACCGGAAUGGGAGCUUGGAGCUGAGAGGAGUGAGGAAAACCGAUGAAGGGAGGUACAUGUGUCUGGCCCAAAACAAUCUGGGUGAAGCCUCUCUUUUGGUUGAAUUAGAUGUUUCAUCUAUAGCCGAGAAACCAAGUUUUGCUGUUCCCAAUAUUGAAAUCUUACCAAUAAAGCAAGAUGUUGGGGAAUUGUUUCUGGAGUGCUCAGCUCGUGGCAAGCCAAACCCAGAGUUUGCAUGGGUUCUACCCGAUGGGGCAAUGUUAACGCCUGGCGUUAGACUCCAACGCUUCACACAUCAUCUGGGUAAUGGCACUCUAAGGAUUUCUCGACCAGUUGCAAGUGAUAAGGGAGUGUACCGGUGCCUGGCAAAAAAUGUGGCAGGACAAGCAGAGAAACGUUAUGCGCUGGAGUCGGGCAGGAAGCCAGUGAUCAGAGGAUCUACAGGUGGUAUGAAGAUCACGUACGGCCUUAAUCUCAACUUGCCCUGCGCGGUGGACAGCUGGCCGCAGGCAUCAAUCAUAUGGACACUACCAAAUGGUCUUGUUUUGGACAAACCUCAAUCCAUUGGCCGAGUAUUUCUAUUUCCAAAUGGGACCCUGCAACUCAGGCAGGUUGCCACUUUUGACAAGGGAACAUACAUCUGUAAAGCCUCCAACUCUUUUGGCUCUACAACUCUAUCAUACCCAGUUGCAGUGAUGGUUUUUCCACCACAAAUAACUAAUACGCUGACCUCAAUUACAAGGGCCAACCGGGGAUCACCAGUGAAAUUAAAUUGUGUUGCAACUGGUAUUCCCAAGCCGGAUAUUUCAUGGACGUUGCCUGGACGCACAACGCUGGUUCCACAUAACCGGUUCACGGUGGAGGGGGGGAUUCACAUGACAGAAGAGGGCAGUCUGGUCAUACAGAACACAAUGCUAAUGAACUCUGGCAUUUACAAAUGCAAUGCUAAAAACACACUCGGCACAGACUUUAAAUCUACUUACCUACAAGUAGUCUGAUUGACAAUUACAGUUGCUGUUUUGGGAAAAUGUCACAGUAGAAUUAGGUACGAAUGAGGACAUCUUUAUCAGGAUUUCAAUAUUUUGCUUAAUCGAUACUCUGGAGAGAGACCUACAGGCUGACUGGAAGCUUGGCUUGAGACAGCUUACAAAGCAGGUUCCACUAAAAUAACAUUGCAAAUGUUUCAAAUAAUAUUCACCUUUAUGAUUUCUAUGGUGGUGGCGGUUUAUGGUGCGAAUCUGGCUGAAGCCAAAUAAUUAUGCAUUUUAGACCUUGAAGUGUAUUUUAAAUUUUCAAAAAGCUGUAUUAACUCACUGCUUAAAGGUUUGCCUUGUGGCUUUACCCUGUAGACCCCUUUCACAUUCCCAAAACCACAUUAUCAUUUCUGAAGUUUUACCUCACAGUACAAUUUUACGAUGACAAUGCUUGUUGUGCAAAUAACCAACUUACGAUUCUUGAUAUAUCUGAAUAUAAUUUUGACCUCUUAUACAAUUAUAAAUUUGAGUCUGCUAGUAGAGUUUAAAUUGUGUUUUUGCAGCUGUAAAAUAUGGGUAAAUUGCUUAAAUUGCUCACAUAACAAAAUGGAAGAAUAAACUUAUUAUUUAUCAACAAGCAGUGAUGAGUAUCCAUCCAUCCAUCCAUCCAUCCAUCGUCAAACCGCUUAUCCUGCACACAGGGUCGCGGGGGGGCUGGAGUCUAUCCCAGCCAACUUCGGGCGAAAGACAGGGUACACCCUGGACUGGUCGCCAGCCAAUCGCAGGGCAGUGCAGUGAUGAGUAGAGUAAUAGAAUUCUUGAACAUGGGUAUAUCAUCAGCCAUUCUACUUAUGUGGUGAAGUGGCCAAUUUAAUUAACUCUUUUCUAUAAGGACACAAAUGCCCCGGACCCUAUUGCUGCUCUAUAAUGUGUAUCAGAAUAUGGCUUACUGUAUGUAUCAGUUUCAUAUAUUCAUGUUCAUAAUGGUGGGAGAGUAAUAACUCAUAAUAUUUUAAUUAUGAACUUAUUGAGCAACACAAAAUCACAACAAAGUGGAACUUCACAAAAAGUUAAAUAAUAUAUAAAAAAUAAAACAUACAGGUAUUUAUUGUUUUCA